GCUGUGGAGCGCAAGCGACCGGAAGCCACUUUAAAGCGGAGCUCGAGGUGACAGGCGAACGAUCUGGAUCGAGAGUGCAGUCGCGGCUUUCUGCGCUCGCAGCGGCGGAAUGGCCCGUGUGCCGUUCCCCGCGUCUCCAGCCUGCGACCCCUAGAAACCCAAGCCUGCCCUCCGCGCCGACCCCCGUGCGGACGCUGCGCGCGUACCGGCAGCGCCGCAGCUCAGCUCCUGUGGUCGGUUCUCUCAGGCUGCCUGUUCAGGUAAAGGGCUCCGGGUGAGCUCUGAGGAGCCGGAUUUUUUAGACUCUGAGGAGCAGUUGGAGCUAAUCCACAUUAUGGAAAUGGAAACCACCGAACCUGAGCCAGACUGUGUAGUGCAGCCUCCUUCUCCUCCUGAUGACUUUUCAUGCCCAGUAAGACUCUCUGACAAGAUCAGUCCAUUGAAGACUUGUUUUAAGAAAAAGGAUCAGAAGAGAUUGGGAACUGGAACCCUGAGGUCUUUGAGGCCAAUAUUAAACACUUUGUUAGAAUCUGGAUCACUGGGUGGGGUUUUUAGAUCUAGAAACCAGAAUGCAGAUGAGAGCAGCUUACAUGAACCUAUGGUGAAAAAGACCCUGGAAAUCAAUCCAUCGUGUUCGCCAGCAGAAAAUAAUAUGUCUGUCCUGAUUCCUGAGGGAACAAGUGUCGGGGACCAAAUACCAGAAGCUCGUCCUUCCACUGAUGCUCCAGAACAAGUGGUUCCAAUUCAGGAUCACAGCUUCCCACCAGAAACCAUCAGUGCGACAGUGGCAGAUUCUACAGGAGGGCACUUCCAGACUGCCCUUUUACACCCAGUUUCAAGUGAUGUUCCUAUUAGUCCUGACUGCAUAGACAAAGUCAUGGAUUAUGUUCCAGGGGUUUUCCAAGACAACAGCUAUACAAUCCAGUACAUUUUGGACACCAGUGAUAAGUUGAGUACUGAGCUCUUUCAGGACAAAAGUGAGGAGGCUUCCCUUGACCUUGUAUUUGAGCUGGUGAACCAGUUACAGUACCACACUCACCAAGAGAAUGAAAUUGAAAUUUGCAUGGACUUUUUGCAAGGCAUAUGUAUUUAUGGCAGGGAUUGUUUGAAGCACCACACUGUCUUGCCCUACCAUUGGCAGAUCAAGAGGACAACUACCCAAAAGUGGCAGAGUGUAUCCAAUGAUUCCCAGGAGCACUUGGAAAGAUUUUACUGUAAUCCAGAGAACGAUAGGAUGAGAAUGAAGUACGGAGGACAAGAAUUUUGGGCAGAUUUGAAUGCCAUGACUAUAUAUGAAACAACUGAAUUUGACCAACUACGAAGGCUGUCCACACCACCCUCUAGCAAUGUCAAUGCUAUUUACCACACAGUCUGGAAAUUCUUCUGUAGGGACCACUUUGGAUGGAGAGAGUAUCCUGAGACUGUUAUUCGACUGAUUGAAGAAGCCAACUCUCGGGGUCUGAAAGAGGUCCGAUUUAUGAUGUGGAACAACCACUACAUCCUCCACAACUCAUUUUUCAGGAGAGAAAUAAAAAGGAGACCCCUAUUCCGCUCCUGUUUUAUACUGCUUCCAUAUUUACAGACACUUGGUGGUGUUCCCACACAGGCUCCUUCACCUCUUGAAACAACCUCAUCAUCACAAAUCAUCUGCCCAGAUGGGGUCACCUCAGCAAACUUUUACCCUGAAACUUGGGUUUAUAUGCAUCCAUCUCAGGACUUUAUCCAAGUGCCUGUUUCUGCAGAGGACAAAAGUUAUCGAAUCAUUUACAAUCUUUUUCAUAAGACUGUGCCUGAGUUUAAAUACAGAAUUUUACAAAUAUUGAGAGUCCAAAACCAAUUUCUUUGGGAGAAAUAUAAAAGGAAAAAGGAAUAUAUGAACAGGAAAAUGUGUGGCCGUGACAGAAUAAUAAAUGAGAGACAUUUAUUUCAUGGAACAUCCCAGGAUGUAGUAGAUGGAAUCUGCAAGCACAACUUUGACCCUCGAGUUUGUGGAAAGCAUGCUACGAUGUUUGGACAAGGCAGUUACUUUGCAAAGAAAGCAAGCUACUCUCAUAACUUUUCUAAGAAGUCCUCCAAAGGAGUCCAUUUCAUGUUUCUGGCCAAAGUGCUAACUGGCAGAUACACGAUGGGUAGUCAUGGCAUGAGAAGACCUCCUCCUGUCAAUCCUGGCAGUGUCACCAGUGACCUGUAUGACUCUUGUGUGGAUAAUUUCUUUGAGCCUCAGAUUUUUGUCAUUUUUAAUGAUGACCAGAGUUACCCUUAUUUUGUUAUCCAAUAUGAAGAAGUCAGUAACACUGUUUCCAUUUGAAAAUUCUUGGUACUGCUAAAUUAUUUGAUAUGAACUCAAUCCAGCAUUUGUAGCAGGUCUUAGAUGGGUGGGACAGAGUAGGAAACAGCUUUGGACAUUAAUAGGGCACUUUUAAGACCCCCUUUUUUUUUAAGUUCUAGAAAGUAAAAUUUUUUUCAAAGAAAAACAAGUUUUUAAAUGACCACUUAUUCUUUAAUUAUUUACUAAUUAUUGUUAGUGUACUCAGUGUGGGAAAGACUACAGAUGGCAUACUGAUCAUUCACACUUGUACAUAUAGGCAGCAAUGUUAUUAAAAGCAUUUUUUUUUCCAAAAGAAAAAGAAUAGUGUAACUAAUUAAAUGUGACUUAAGCCUCGUAGAGAUUUGGCCAAAUGAAAUGGAAGCUGUGAACAAAGUGAGGAUUUAGGAUAUUUACAAUGAUUAAACUGACUGGAACUAGUACUAUCAUACAUACUCCCUGUCCAAAGUAGAACUGUUUCUAUCAGCAGGACUGAAAUGUAUCACCCAACCAAAGAUUAUCAAUGACUUUAACUUUUGUAGAGUUUGCCUGAAAAUUCAGAGCUGUUUAAGGGGGAAAAAGAACUAUUUGAAAAUUUUGUGUCAUCAGAAUUUUUCAGUAAUUUAGUUAUAGAUGAUUCUCAUGUUAAACUUCAGCCUUGGAAAACUCAGUCUCUUCCAUUAUCAUCCACUCAGUUUGAGGAAGUUGGGCUGCUAAUUUGGUUAAAGCCAACCUUGAAGAUUAGAGGUAUUACUUUAUGUUUAGGGUUCCAGCCCUGGGCCCUGACUGAAGGUUUUACAGAAAGGAAGUAACAUCUAUAACCAAAUUGACAGGGCUUAUUACUGUGCUUUGCACAAAGUAGACUCUCAAAAGUAUUUGCUGACUUGGAAAUAUUGUCAAAGGUGGUAAUUCCUGCCCCUAUGCCUGCUUUGCCAGAUGCAGCUGGAUUCCCUGGCUGGCUCUGUAUUUUACACUACUUUAUAGAAACACAAACUUGGAAAUCGUGCUACUGGCCCAGCUGGAGCAGUGUUAGGUAAAUAUGCUGACACCUUGGUUCAGAGAGGUAGCAGCUAGGUAUACUUUGCCUUAAGCAGAGCAAACACCUGGAUUUCCAGAAGUGAAAGUGGCUGUUCACAAAAGGAUUCACAGAAUUCCUUCAGAUACCAAGCUUUCCCAGUAUGUUUGUGGUUCUUUCAUUUACACAGAACUUGUCAGGAACUUCUGUGUUGUUUAAAGCAAGAUAUAUCUAUCCUGAUGUCUUGGUGAAUCAGUCUGUUUAAACACUUCAGGGCUUCCACACAGUUAUUUAUUUUGCCCUAGCUGAUCUUGUUUGCUGCCAUUGGCAUGAAGUGGCCAACUGUGGCUGUUACAGUUGUUUCUUUCAAUUAUAACUUGUAAACCUGUGAUUCCCAAUCUUUUUCAAGUUAAGACACCUUACCAUAGCUUAUUUGAUUUUACAAAACUUGUUCCUUUUUUUUCUCCAUAAAGGAAAAAAAAAAGCUUUAUGAUAUAUUUAUUUUUUUAAUAAAAC